UGUUACAAGUGAUUUUGAGAUGAAGUUGCAUAACGGCUGCUGCUCUACAGUGUAUACAUGCACAUUUUGUCUCGAUUUGAAUGCUGGAAUGGUGGAAUGCUUCAGCUUCAAUCCUUUGGAAGUUAAAUUUGUAAAAUAGUGGUGGUUGAAUAACCUGAAUGGUGUGACGACAGAUGAUGAAUGGACCAGAGGCCCGCAGUGUUAUUUAGUAAAUGUUUUGACCCAAUUAAUUUAUAAUUUAUGCUUUGUUGGCCAGACGACAGGGAAGCUAUAAAGCUUUUAAUUAUACAUUGUUUACAAGUCGUUCGAAGUAACAUUGGUAUUUAUUCUGAAGAAAAUAUUGUAAACCAUGUGAACCAUUCUUCUCUUUAAAUUAGUUAUGAAAUGGAAAAUUUCAUGAAUGCAGAGAAUAGCAACGUUAAAGUGUUUGAUAUUCAAGAUCGUCCGAAGAAUUUUGAACACCUGCCCCCACUGAGUCAUGAGCAGCGCAUGUUCAGUGAAAGACCUCGAAUUAUCGAGGCUGGUGCCUUUACAAAAGCUUCUCCAACUAAGGAGAAGAAAUUUCAUCGCCGUGUUAGUGACUCCAUUGCCAAUAAUUACACACCGUCCGCUUCAGAUUUGAGUGCUUUUACUAUUUUUGAGGCAAGACGAUCAACACGUAGCAACGUUGGUACUUUGACGACAAAAUCUACGAACAGUAAAGCAAUUCCGCGAAAUAGAAGUUUGUACGUACAUGAAAAAGGUCGUCAAUCUUCAUCCUCCAAAAUCCAAAGAGAAGACAGGUCGAAAGAUUAUUUUCAAAUGCGGCCAAAAUCAGGAUUAUUACACAGACACGGGGAAAAACGACCGUUGCCAGCUUUUGGAGUCAAUCAAUAUGCAGAAAGCGCAUUGAAGGAAGUUGUCAGGGAAGAGUGCGUUGAAAUAUCAUCAGAAAAUGUUUUUGACGAUGUCUUGUACAAUUCAAGUCAUCCUGGCGUUGAUAAUAAAGUCACUGACCUUAAAAGAAGAACAGAACAUGACUUUGAAAGUUCAAAUGUUCUUAAAACAAAAUUUUUUGCCACAUCAGGAAGUACGUUUGGACUGGAACGCGCUUCCUCUCCUGAGAAUAUCGAUAGUAGAGUAAGAUAUUGGUCAUUAAUACAUAAUGCAUUUGAUGCAAGUGCUGUCACACCCCUAUCCUCUGUAUGGAUAGAAAAUGCUUAUUCUUUUGUUCCUGAAGUUCUACGACAUAGGUUUUUAAACAUUUUAAUGGAAUGUACAAAGGAAAUGGAGGAUGACUAUACCUUAAGCAUUAGAAAAUCUAUCCUUGACUAUGUUUUAAUGGAUAAAAGCGAACAAGGAAGACUUGGUUUGACGAUGGCGAAAAAGAUUACAGAAACGGCUGGCAGAGAAUCUUUUGUAUGGCACGAAUCAAUGGCAACGGCAAGAGCUUCUAUGGAGAAUAAUCUUCAUAUAACUCAUAUAGUUAUGCGUGUGUUACUAUGUCUAUGGGAAACUGAAUUUGCUCACCUGAGGUUAAUUGAUGUGAAAGAAGUAGUUAUGCACAUGCCUUUGACCAUGCCUCACUUCUCAAGAUUGGUUCUGAAGAAUUGUAAAGAAACUGUUCAGCAUUUAAGAGAAGUUUGGAUCCCCAAAUGCGCUGCGUUGAUCAGCGAAAAAAGAGAGGAUGUCGAAGAAUGGAUGCCAUACAACGAGGAUGAAAGAAUUCGAAAAAUGGACAGCUUCUUUAAUUGUGUAGCAAUACUGAUGUCAAAUAACUUAAGAAGUUUAUUGAAUCGUUCCUUGGAAGAUUUGGUUUCUUUUUUUGAAAUGUACAAAGAUGGAAACGGAUUUGAAGGAGUGUUCAAAAGAUGUCUUCCUAUUAUACAACAGAUGAUCAUCGUUAACGUUGUCCCAGACUAUGAGGAAGAAACAAUCAGCUUCAGUCCAUCUUUUUUUGACAUAGAAAUAUCGAUGAAUGAAAUCAUAAAUGCGAUUGUUCUCAGUGUUAAUAACCUUACCAGGGUCGAGUCUUUGCUUUUUUAUCAAGCUGACAAUAACCCUACAAAAACUAUUCCCUCUACUGAUUUAUCAGACCAGUUUGUCCUGAUGGUAAAGGAAAAAGUUUCAAGCAUUAUUGAUGUCAACACAGACGGACCUCAUGGUUUUCUUUCUCUGUACUCGCAAUUUGAAUAUUUACUUUCAUCGUCAUCUGUUGAGCGUUUGAAGAAUUUCCUUGUUGAAGAUAAAACGCUUGCAGAAUAUAAACUUAAACUGGACGAAAUUAAGCAUUUAAAUUCAUUGGUGAAAAGUUUGGAUGUACAUAUUCCAAUGCAACUGUUUUGUCUCGACUGUACUCUCGUCAACCAGGAUCUCAAAGUGAAGGGACAAUAUUUUUACGAUCUUCUAACGCAACAAUUACUUGAACAAAGUAUCAAAGUAAACAAAACUAUUUGUCUGCAGUACGAUGAGAUUGUUGAUCAAAUAACCAAAACUUUCAAUGACACCAGCAGUUUGGUUAAACAAAUGGAAUACAUCGAAAACCUUCCGUUUGGUCCUUUACCCUCUUUACAAAAUCAGUUAGAAGAAGCUGCAGAGCUGCUAUUGUUUAUUCUGGAUUAUGCAUUCAUUACAAAUUGGCAUAUCAAUCUUAAUGACACAACUUUUUUAUGGCCUGAAAAAAUUACUCCUUUAAUUCGAAGCAGCGACCUUCGUGUCAAUCGCCAACAUCAUUCUGCUGUCAAUAAACUAAAAAGUUGGCUGAAGAAGUUUGAAACCAAAGUUGAAGAAGUUUUACAAGAAGCAAAGGAACUUCACUCCAAAGAAAGAAUAUUGGAAGCGAGCAGUCACGUUGAAAAACUAGAUCACUUAAAAGCAGAUGUUGAAAACCUAAUAGCUGAGAAACAAAAAAUAAACUUAGAAGAAAAGAUAUUAGGUGUGGAGAAACAGAGUUCAUUCCCUCUCAUCCAAGAGAUAAUGGAUGUGAAGGAACCUUAUGACAAACUGUGGAGGUCUGUCGUACGAUUUAACGAGAAACAGGAAAAAUGGCUGAACGCAAGCUUGAUUACACUUGAUGCUGAGGACAUAGAGGAAGAGAUAUCUGACAUUUGGAAGUUAAGUUACAAGCUUACAAAAUCCUUUUUUGGUCAACAAGAUCAAAUGGGUCCCUUUCGUGUCGCGACCUCAUUGAAAGCAAAGGUUGAGAAAUUCAAAGUCCAGCUGCCACUGAUUAAUGUAUUGUGUACCGCUGGUAUGAAAGAUCGUCACUGGGAUAUGAUGAGUAAAAAGGUGGGGUUCAAUAUUGCUCCAUUACCCGAGACAAAACUUCAUGAAAUGCUUUCUUAUAAUCUGGAUAGACACCUCGAAGACAUGCAAGGAAUUGCAUCCAAAGCUGGAAAAGAAUUUUCAUUGGAAAAGGCAUUAGCGAAAAUAAAAGAUGAGUGGGAGAAUGUUCAUUUCAGUUUUGUGAAUUAUAAAGAAACUGGCAUCAACAUUUUAUCUUCUGUUGACGAUAUUCAGAUUUUGCUGGAAGACCAAAUUGUAAAAACUCAAACCAUAAAAGCGUCACCCUUUGUCAGCGUUUACGAGAUGGAAAUCAAUCAAUGGGAAAGCCAUUUGAUAAAUAUUCAACACGUUUUGGAUUCAUGCUUGAAGGUACAAGCUGGAUGGCUUUACCUCGAACCUAUUUUCUCUUCAGAAGAUAUUCAGGCUCAAAUGCCUGAAGAAGGACGAAAGUUUAGAAUAGUUGAUAACUACUGGAGAGCGAUUAUGUUAUCGUUGACGAAAGACUCAAAAGUUUUCUCUGUGACGUCACAAGAUCAAAUACUUCAACGUUUAAGAGAAUCAGAGUGCAUGUUGGAGGGAAUUCAAAAAGGUCUAAAUGAAUAUUUAGAAAAGAAAAGAUUAUUUUUUCCAAGGUUUUUCUUUUUAUCAAACGAUGAACUUCUUGAAAUUCUUUCGGAAACAAAAGACCCCUUUCGUGUGCAACCUCAUCUGAAGAAAUGUUUUGAAGGAAUUAUGAAAUUAGAUUUCACACCGGCAAAAGCAAUAUCAGCAAUGUUUUCAGCAGAGAAUGAACGAGUUCAGUUUUCCAAAAAAAUAAUUCCAGCGGAAGCGAACGGUCUGGUUGAAAAGUGGCUAGCUCAGAUUGAAGUUACAAUGAAAGAAAGUUUAAAGAAAAUCAUGACUGAUGGGAUGGCUAGUUAUUCAAAAACGUCACGCGUUGAUUGGGUUCUUGAUUGGCCUGGUCAAGUUGUCUUGACAGUUAACUUGAUUUAUUGGACAAUACAAGUUGCUGAGGCAAUGUCAAAGAACUGUGGACUGAAAGAGUAUCAUAAAAUGUGCUCUAAUCAGAUUGAUGAUAUUGUCAAACUUGUUAGGGGAAAGUUAUCAAAGAUGGAAAGAAUAACUCUUGGAGCUUUGAUUGUUCUUGAUGUCCAUGGUCGUGAUGUCGUGGAAGAAUUAGCUCAUCAUGAAUCAAUGAACAGUGAUGACUUUAAAUGGAUUCGACAGUUGAGAUAUUAUUGGGAAAAUGGAGAUGUAUAUGUGAAGAUGAUAUCAACUGUGGUCAAUUAUGCAUAUGAAUAUCUUGGUAACUCUAGCCGACUUGUGAUAACGCCACUUACUGACAGAUGCUACAGGACUUUGAUGGGGGCGUAUCAUCUUCACCUCGGUGGAGCUCCUGAAGGUCCUGCUGGCACAGGGAAAACGGAAACGUGUAAAGAUCUCGCAAAAGCAGUUGCAAAACAGUGUGUUGUGUUCAAUUGCUCAGAUGGUUUAGAUUAUAAAGCAAUGGGGAAGUUUUUCAAAGGUUUGGCUCAGUCAGGUGCUUGGGCUUGUUUCGAUGAGUUCAAUCGCAUUGAACUUGAGGUGUUGUCAGUUGUAGCUCAACAAAUUAAAACUAUUCAAACAGCCGUGAUGAAUGGAGCAGAAUCUUUUAUUUUUGAAACCACUGAAAUUUCUAUUGAUCGCACGUGUACAAUAUUUAUUACAAUGAACCCUGGUUAUGCUGGAAGAGCAGAACUACCUGACAAUUUAAAGGUGCUGUUUCGUCCUGUAGCGAUGAUGGUGCCAGAUUAUGCUCUUAUAAGUGAAAUUAGUCUUUAUUCCACGGGAUUCGUCAAGGCUCGUGCUUUAGCUGCGAAAAUUGUUGCUGUGUAUCGUCUUUGCUCCGAACAGUUAUCAAUACAACCUCAUUAUGACUACGGUAUGCGGGCAGUAAAGUCAGUACUUACAGCUGCUGGGAAUCUCAAACUAAAAUAUCCUCAAAGUGACGAAGAUUUACUUGUCUUGCGUUCAAUCAAUGAAGUAAAUUUGCCAAAGUUUAUUUCACAAGAUCUGCAAUUGUUCGAAGGAAUCGUCUCAGAUUUAUUUCCUAUUUUAACUUUUACUGAGUCCGUUCAUGGUAUUUUGGAAAAUGCCAUCAAAGAAAACAUCUUGAAGAUGCAACUACAACCUGUCAAAUGGUUCAUUAAAAAAGUAGUUCAGAUUUAUGAGAUGAUGUUAGUUCGUCAUGGUUUUAUGAUUGUUGGAGAUGCUCUUUGUGGUAAAACGUCAGCAUAUAAAGUUUUAUCUGCCUCGUUAUCUGAUAUUUCUAGCCAAGAUUCGAUUACUUAUAGCCUUAUUUAUCCUAAAGCUGUUACUGUUGCACAAUUGUAUGGUCACUUUGAUCCUAUAUCACAUGACUGGAAUGAUGGUAUUCUUGCCAAUAUAUUUCGAGAACAUUCAUCUUCAACAACAUCUGAACGCAAAUGGAUUGUGUUUGAUGGGCCAGUUGAUGUUUGGAUUGAAAAUAUGAACACAGUUUUAGAUGACAACAAAAAGUUAUGUCUGAUGAGUGGGGAAAUAAUUCAAAUGAACAGAAAGCAAAACAUGAUUUUUGAAACGAAAGAUCUAGAGCAAGCAUCGCCUGCGACAGUGAGCAGAUGUGGAAUGAUAUACAUGGAAGCUGUUGAACUUGGUUGGAAAGCACUGGUUGAGUCAUGGUUAACAUUUUCCUUUCCUUCAAAUUUACCUGUUUAUAUGAAGAGAAUAAUUCAGGACAUGUUUCUGUGGUUACUCCCCCCUGUUUUAGAUUUUGUGCAACAAUGCUGUGUACAUUUUGUUUUUUUAUCGUCGAUGCAUUUAGUACAACAAAUGUUAGUCAUGUAUAACGCUUUGUUAGACGAAUUAAGGGAAAGUGAUGAAUUUGGUGAUGAACGCCCUCUUCGUUCUGAAAAUGAUAUAAUUCAGUGGUUACAAUCGUUAUUUCUCUUUUCACUAUGUUGGUCAACUGGUGGACAUAUUGAUUCUACAUCAAGGAAUAAAUUUAGUGAAUUUGUUAAGAAUCUUUUAGCAGGAAAAAAUAAGGCGCAUCCAAUUCCAAGAGAGCUAAAGCUUCCACGCAAUAAUACAUUUCCUGUCAGUGGCAGCAUCUAUGAUUUUUAUUUUGAUAAGAAUAAUUUUGGAACGUGGCACAGUUGGAAUAAAAACAUUCCUGAACUGGAAAUUCCUCCUGAUGCGAAGGCUAACGAAUUGAUCGUUCCGACAGUUGACACUGUACGACAAAAAUUUUUCCUGGAUUUGUUCUUGACUCAUCAGAACCAUCUGUUUUUUGUUGGUCCCACCGGAACUGGAAAAACAAGUGUUAUUUUGGACUACAUUCUUCGCAUGGACCAGAAUAAGUACAGUGCAAACUGUUUAAAUUUCUCAGGGCGAACAUCUGCAAAACAUACGCAAGAUUCAAUCCUCGCCAAACUGGAAAGUUGUUUACAUAGUGUCUAUGCGAAAAAAGGUGUCUAUGGUCCAGGUCUUGGACAGAAAGCUUUCAUUUUUAUUGAUGAUUUGAAUUUACGCAAAGAGAAAUUUGGUGCUCAACCACCUCUUGAGGUUUUGAGACAACUGGUUGAUCAUAAGUUUCUUUUUGAUUGUAAAGAUUUGUCAGUCAUAAAUGUUGUUGAUUUUCUACUGGUGUCAGCUGCGGGUCCUCUCGGAGGAGGCCGUAUCGAAGUACCUUCAAGACUACUCCGUCAUUUCAAUAUAAUUGCCAUCGAAACAUUUACGGAUGAUACAUUGCGCGCCAUUUUUUCUGUUAUCAUGGACUGGCAUUUUAGUAAAGGUUUCGAAGCUCGGCUUAAAAAAUUCUCCAGAAUAAUUAUCCAUGCAACUUUAUUGGUAUAUACUCAAGCAAUAACAACUUUCCUUCCAACUCCUGCUAAAUCACAUUAUGUUUUUAAUGUUCGAGAUUUCUUCAGAGUUUUACAGGGAAUUUUACUCUUUCCUGCAAGUUGUGCCACGGAAAAACAUAAAAUUCCAAGACUUUGGUUACACGAGGUCUAUCGAGUUUUCAAUGAUCGCUUGGUUGAUGAAGAAGAUCAAAACAAGUUUUUUGAAAUUGUCAAGGGCGCUCUGGGAUCAGAGUUCAAAGAAAAGAUAAACAAUGUUUGUGGUCAUUUAAUAACCACCGGAAUUCAUGUUACUGUUGAUGAUUUGCGAAGCUUGUAUUUUGGAGAUUAUUGUCGCAAGAAAGGAUCGGAGAAAGUGUAUGACGAAUUUCAGGAUCUCAACAAUGGAACACUUCUUAUCGAUUAUAAUACUUCAAGUAAAGCACCAAUGGAGCUGGUAUUGUUUCGGUUUGCCGUCGAACACGUAUCAAGAAUUUGUCGAGUUUUACGUCAACCAAAUGGCAACGUUCUGCUUAUUGGUAUUGGUGGAUCAGGUAGAUCUAGUCUCACACGCCUUGCGGCAUUUAUUUCAGACUACGAUUUAUUUCAAAUUGAGAUCAACAAACACUAUGGUUUAACGGAGUGGAUAUCAGAUAUAAAGAAGCUACUUGUUAAAACUGGGUGUGAUGGAAUUCCAACAGUUUUUCUCUUUGGUGAUUAUCAAAUUAAGGAUGAGCAAUUUUUGGAAGAUAUUAAUAUGAUUUUAAACAAAGGAGAUGUACCAAAUAUAUUUGAAAAUGACGAACGAAUGGAAAUAAUUGAAAAGGUCACGAUUUUUGAAAAGGACAAGCUUAGUUGUGAUUUGAGUCCAUCCACAAUGUACAACAACUUUGUUAAGCGAAUACGUCAAAAUCUUCAUCUUGUUUUGACAAUGAGUUCCAUUGGGGAUGCAUUUCGAAACCGACUACGAAAGUUUCCUUCUUUACUAAGUUGUUGUACAAUUGAUUGGUUUCAUGCUUGGCCAGAAGAUGCUUUGGAAAAAGUAGCUCAUAAGUCCUUGGACGACAUUGAAAUGCCAUUUGAAAUACGAAGAGAGGUUGUAAACAUGUGUCAAUAUUUUCAUGAAAGUGUACGAAGUUUAUCAGAACGAUAUUUCUCAGUUAUGCGAAGACGUUGCUACAUAAGUCCAAGUUCAUACCUUGAACUGAUCAAAACAUUCAAGACAUUACUCGAUGAUAAAAGGCUCGAGCUACUAACAUUGAGAAAUCGUUAUUUGCUUGGUGUGGAAAAAUUAGAGUAUGCUUCUGAGCAGGUCGUUGUUAUGCAGCAAGAAUUAACUGAACUACAUCCCGAGCUUAUUCACACAAGUAGUGAAACAGAAAUUCUUAUACGGAAGAUAGAAGAAGAGACAUCAGAAGUGGCUGCAAAGAAAAUGAUUGUGCAGUCCGAUGAAGAGACAGCGAAUAAAGCUACAUGCAAGGCCAAAGCAUUGAAGGAUGAAUGUGCGGAGCAACUGUCAGUGGCCAUACCUGCUCUUCACUCGGCAAUAGCUGCACUCAAUACAUUAAAACAAUCAGAUAUAUCAAUGGUAAAAUCUAUGACAAAUCCCCCUGCUGGAGUUAAAAUGGUCAUGGAGGCAAUAUGUAUAUUAAAGGGAGUAAAACCUGAAAGAAAAAUUGAUAGCAAUGGAAAGUUAGUUGACGACUACUGGACUUCAUCUAAAAAGUUAUUAGGUGAUCUAAAGUUUCUUGAGAGUCUUAAAGAUUUUGACAAAGAUAACAUAUCUAGUUCAGCAAUAAAGAAUAUUCGUGAAAGUUACGUGUGUAACCCAACAUUUGAUCCAGCCUUGAUCAAGAACGUAUCUUCUGCCUGUGAAGGGUUAUGUAGAUGGGUGAGAGCUAUUGAAGUUUAUGACAGGAUUGCAAAGUUGGUUGCUCCCAAAAGGAAAAAGUUAAAGGAAGCCGAAGAAGAUUUAGAACUUCAAAUGAGUCACUUGAAAGAGAAAAGAACCGUUCUUGCUAAAGUAGAAGGAAUACUGAAAGCUUUGAACGACGAUUUGGAAUUGAAAAGUACCAAAAAAAAGGAUUUACAAAGGAACAUCAAAUUAUGUUCUGUGAAACUGAAUAGAGCUGAAAAACUUCUGAGAGAACUCGGUGGGGAAAAAACUAGAUGGACUAAGUGUUCCCAAGACCUUGAAGAAACAUAUAACAAUAUUGUCGGUGAUGUGUUAUUAUCAUCAGCAAUCGUUGCGUAUCUUGGACCCUUUACCACAGAAUUUCGACAGGAAUGUCUUUUGAAAUGGUGGGCUUUGUGCGAGGAAAAAGGAAUUCCUGUUUCCGACAACUUUUCCUUGUGUAAAACUCUCGGUGACCCAUUAAAGAUUAGAGUUUGGCAAUUGGCUGGCCUUCCUGUUGACAGUUUUUCUGUUGACAAUGCCAUAAUAGUAACUAAUUCAAAAAGAUGGCCUUUAAUGAUCGAUCCACAAGGACAGGCAAAUAACUGGAUAAAAAAUAUGGAAAAAGCAAAUAAACUUCAGAUUAUCAAGUUGACGGAUUCAAACUACGCGAGAAGCUUAGAAAAUUGUAUUCAGUUUGGAACUCCUGUUCUUUUGGAAAAUGUUGGUGAAGAAUUAGAUCCUCUACUGGAUCCUUUACUUCACAGGCAAACGUUUAAGCAAGCUGGAGCGGAAUACAUUAAGAUGGGCGAAAAUAUAAUUGAAUUCAGUAAGGAUUUUCGAUUCUACAUGACAAGCAGACUUCGAAAUCCACAUUAUCUGCCAGAAAUUUCAGUUAAGGUUACGCUUUUGAACUUUAUGAUCACUCCACUUGGUUUGGAAGAUCAGUUACUGGGAAUUGUUGUUGCCAAUGAAAAGCUAGAACUUGAAGAAAUGAAAAAUACAUUGAUUUUAGAGGCUGCUAACAAUAAGAAACAGUUGAAGGAAAUCGAAGACAAAAUUCUUGAAGUUCUUUCAAUGACAAAAGGAAAUAUUUUGGAUGACGAGACAGCAAUUGAGGUUCUGUCUUCGAGUAAGUUAUUGGCAAAGGAAAUCAUUCAUAAGCAAGACGUUGCUACGAGAACUGAAAAAGAAAUUGAUCAAACAAGAAACGGUUACAAACCUGUUGCAAAGCAUGCUUCUAUUCUGUUUUUCACCAUUUCAUCUCUGGCAAAUAUUGAGUCAAUGUAUCAGUAUUCAUUGACUGGAUUUGUCAAAUUAUUUUUGCAGUCUAUUGUCCAAAGUGAGAAAUCAAACGACAUAGCAACACGAAUCUAUAAUCUAAAUGAUCAUUUCACGUAUAGCGUAUACGUUAAUGUGAAUCGAUCAUUAUUUGAAAAAGACAAAUUGGUAUUUUCGUUCCUUCUUUGUAUAGAAAUAUUAAAAGGAAGUGGAAAACUAGACGAUAAAGAAUGGCAGUUUUUGUUGACCGGUGGUGUAGCUUUGGAUAACAAACACCGUAAUCCCGCAUCAACAUGGCUGGCGGAUAGAUCUUGGGCUGAAAUUGUCCGAUGCUCCGAUAUACCUUCGUUUAAAGGUCUUCGUCAGCACUUUGAAAAGAAAAUUGAGUUGUGGAAAAAAAUUUAUGACUCGUAUGAGCCUCAUAAAGAAGUCUUGCCCGAUCAUUGGGAUGAGGACUUGGAUAAUUUUCAAAAGUUGUUGAUUCUACGAUGUCUGCGACCUGAAAAGAUGAUAACUGCAAUCCAAGAUUUCAUUGUGAACAAUCUGAGCAUCCUUUACGUUGAGUCACCAACAUUUGAUUUGAAUGAGUGCUUUAAAGAUUCAACAUGUCGUAUACCUUUGAUAUUUAUACUUUCUCCUGGUACUGACCCUAUGGCUAUUUUAUUGAAGUUUGCUGAUGAUAAUGAUUCGACAUUUGAAGUUGUAUCGCUGGGACAAGGUCAAGGUCCAGUAGCAGAAAAAGUUAUUGCCGAAGCUAAAAUGAACGGGAAAUGGGUAGUUUUACAAAACUGUCAUUUAGCUGUUUCGUGGUUACCAACUUUGGAAAAGAUUUAUGUAGAAUCACUCGCAUCAGAGGCAGCCGUUCAUCCAAAUUUUCGAUUGUGGUUAACAAGUUAUCCGACGAAAGAUUUUCCUGUAACAAUUCUUCAAAAUGCUAUCAAGAUGACGAAUGAACCACCCAAAGGUCUUCGUGCCAAUCUUCUGAGAAGUUAUCUUAAUUUUCCUUUAUCUGAUACAACCUUCUUUAACGGUUGCAAAAAACCCGUGGUUUGGAAGAAACUGCUCUUUGGUUUGUGUUUUUUUCAUGCACUUGUACAAGAACGAAGACAUUUUGGUUCUUUGGGUUGGAACAUUCCUUAUGAAUUUAAUGAAUCUGAUCUCAGAAUUAGUGUCCGACAGCAACAGAUGUUUCUUAAUAACUACAAGGACAUUCCAUUGGAAGCGUUAACGUACCUUAUUGGUGAAUGUAACUAUGGUGGUAGGGUUACGGAUAUAUGGGACAGGCGUCUUAUUUUGAGCGUGUUGUCCAUUUUUUACUGUGAAAAAGCGAUCACAAAUGCGAACUACAAAUAUUCUGAAAGUGGGUGCUACUUUCCACCUGAUGAGGGCUCCUAUGAGAGUUACAUUGAUUUCAUCAAACAACUGCCUUUGAUGGAAAAUCCUGAGGUGUUUGGUCUUCAUGAAAACGCAGAUAUCACCAAAAAACAAAAGGAAACUAAUGAAAUGUUUGAGACAAUUCUCUUAACUUUGCCACGUCAGUUAUCGAUUGGUGGUGUAUCAUCUCAAUCUACAGUGCAAGAACUUAUUGUAGACAUUUUGUCGAAGUUUCCGUCAGACUUUGAUAUUGAAGUGAUAUGCAGGAAAAAUUCCCUGAAUUACGAGGAGUCUAUGAACACAGUUCUUCAUCAAGAAUUAUUGAGGUUUAACAAACUCAUGCAAGUCAUACGGUCAAGCUGUAGGGAAUUGCUGAAGGCUAUCAAGGGUUUCGUCAUAAUGUCAUCGGAAUUGGAAAAUGUUUCAAGCUGCAUGUUGGUGGGGAAGAUUCCAGAUACAUGGGCGGUAAAGUCGUAUCCGUCACUGAAACCUCUUGGGGGUUACAUCAGCGAUCUUAUUCAAAGAAUUGAUUUUUUUCGGAAAUGGUCAAAUUAUGGUCCACCUAAAGUGUUUUGGCUCUCUGGGUUUUAUUUCACACAAUCUUUCUUAACUGGUGUCUCCCAGAAUUAUGCACGCAAAGAGAAGAUAUCCAUUGACCACUUGGAUUUUGUUUUUGAAGUGCAACCAGAUGAUUUUCAAGUGUUUACAAAACAUGAAAAUGACGUUUACAUUAACGGUUUAUUCAUGGAAGGAGCAAGAUGGGAUCGAAGUAAAAUGAUGAUUGGCGAAUCAUUGCUCAAACAACUUUACGAUCCCUUUCCUAUUAUAUGCAUCAUGCCUAGAAUAAAAUCGCAUGGCAAAUCCGUAGCUGGUUAUUAUGACUGCCCAGUUUACAAGACUAGUGCUCGACAUGGGACUUUUUCAACAACUGGUCACUCUACAAAUUAUGUUUUUACCAUUCAUUUGCCCACCAAUAAAUCUCAAGAUCACUGGAUUGUUCGAGGUGCUGCUUUACUGUGCCAGUUAAAUGAAUAAGCAGCGUUUCUCGUAUUCAUAUCAAUUUAUCAUAUAUCAAUGUAUAUCAGUUUACUUUGUAGAUUUUUGUAAAUAGCAUUUAUUAAAUUAUAUAAAUUUGAUAAAUUUUCCA